AUGCAUGAGAAUACGCCCCCCUCUACUUCCCAUGACACAGAGGCCGACACAACCGUCGAAGAAACCACCGAGCCCGUCUUACAACUCGCCCGCACAUUCUCUCUAACUCGUACAUUCUCCGCCCUCUCAACCAACAUCAACCCGUUCCUCGCGCAAGACUCCCGCCUCGACCCCAAGUCCCCAGAGUUUCAGCCUGAAUCAUGGGUCAAGGCUUUGCUUCACGCUUUUUCGAAGGACCCGAGUAAGCAUCCGCGGUAUACAGCCGGUGUAUGCUGGCGUAAUCUCAGUGUGCAUGGCUUCAGCGAUCCGACUGAGUUUCAGAAAGAUGUCUUGAAUGUUAUUUGGAGAAGUCCCCUUGCUGCACUUGAUUGGUUUGCGAAGAGGAAGCAGAAGGUUAAGAUUAUCACGGACUUUGAUGGCCUUGUCAAGAGCGGAGAGUUGCUUCUUGUGCUGGGUCGUCCUGGGAGUGGUGUUUCUACCCUUCUCAAGACAAUCGCCGGACAUACUCACGGACUGCAUCUCGACGACUCGUCCGAGUUCAACUACCAAGGCAUCCCCUGGGAUCUAAUGCACCAUAACUUCAGAGGAGAAGUGAUCUACCAAGCCGAAACAGACAUCCACUUCCCCCAACUAACAGUCGGCGACACCCUCCUCUUCGCCGCCCUUGCCCGCACUCCCCAGCACAUCAUCGCCAACAUAUCCCGCCACGUCUACGCCGAGCAUAUGAGAGACGCUGUCAUGGCCAUGUUUGGUAUCUCCAACACGCUCAACACCAAGGUUGGCGAUGACUUUGUUCGAGGUGUUAGUGGUGGUGAGAGGAAGAGGGAAUUUGAUAAAGUACUACUCCUCUACGAAGGUCGCCAGAUCUUCUUCGGCCCAACAAGCGAAGCCACACAAUACUUUACCACCAUGGGCUUUGAAUGUCCUCAGCGCCAAACAACCGCCGACUUCCUGACAUCCCUCACAAACCCCGACGAGCGAAUCGUAAGACCUGGCUUUGAGAACAAAGUGCCUCGCAGUCCUGAUGAAUUCGCCGACGAGUGGAGGAUGAGCCAGCACAGGGCUUCCCUUCUCAAUGACAUCGCUGCGUUUGAGAUCCAGUAUCCUCUUGAUGGUAAACAAGUCGAGACGCUGAAGGGUAUCAGAAGGGCUCAGAAGGCCAAGUUCACAUCUGACAAGAGCCCUUUUACAAUCUCGAUCCCAAUGCAGAUCCGUUUAUGUAUUGGUCGAGGUGUCAAGAGACUUCUCGGCGACAAGACCUUUUUCGUGGUUACUAUUGCAGUCAACUUCGUCAUGUCGCUUGUUCUUGGUAGUGUUUACUUUAACUUGCCCAGCACGGCUGAGGCUAUGAACCAACGAGCCUCUGUAAUCUUCUUCGCUAUUCUGUUCAACGGCCUUAGCAGUGCUCUGGAAAUCCUCGCUCUCUACGUCCAACGACCGAUCGUCGAGAAACACGCAAGAUACGCUCUAUACCGCCCUCUCUCCGAGUCCGUCUCCUCCAUCAUUUGCGAUUUACCGUCCAAGAUCAUCUCAACACUCGCCUUCAACAUUCCGCUUUACUUCAUGGUGCAUCUCCGUCGUGAUACCUCAGCUUUCUUCAUUUUUCUCCUCUUCGGCUUCACCACUACGAUUACAAUGUCCAUGAUCCUUCGCACCAUCGCCCAGUCGUCCAAGACAGUGCAUCAAGCCCUCGUCCCCGCUGCCAUCUUCAUCAUCGGCUUGGUCAUCUACGCUGGAUUCGUCCUCCCGAUUCGAAGCAUGAAGGGUUGGCUUAGAUGGAUCAACUACGUCAACCCAAUUGCCUACGCUUACGAGUCCCUCAUCGCGAAUGAGUUUUCGGGGAGGUCGUUCGCAUGUCAGACCAUGAUACCUUCUGGGCCAGGGUAUGAGAAUAUCGAGCCGACGCAGCGGACCUGUUCUGUUGCUGGUGCCCUGCCAGGACGCGACUUUAUCGACGGUGGCUUUUUUAUUGGGACUGUUUACAAGUACCACUACUCGCACCUUUGGAGGAACUACGGCAUCCUGGUUGCUUUUAUCAUCUUCUUUACCUUUACCUAUCUCUUCGCGGCAGAGUACUUCUCAUCCGAAGCUUCGAAGGGUGAGGUCCUGGUAUUCCGCAAGGCUCAGAAGACUCAACCCAAAGAGACAUCCGAUGAAGAAGCCGCCACUUCCAACUUCCAGCCUCCGAGAGCGACGAGCGACGACACCAUCCACCCAUCGAUCGAGAAAGCACCAAGUUCUUCUACCUUUUGCUGGAGGAAUGUCUGCUAUGAUGUGAAGGUCAAAGGCGAGACGCGACGUAUUCUCUCGGACGUUAAUGGUUGGGUUCAGCCUGGAAAGUUGACUGCUUUGAUGGGUGCUACCGGAGCCGGCAAGACCACGCUUCUCGACGUUUUGGCUGAUCGGGUGACCAUGGGCGUCAUCACGGGCGAUAUCCUUGUAAAUGGACUAUCACGCGGCAAGUCAUUCCAGAGAACCACGGGAUACGUGCAGCAGCAGGAUAUUCACCUCGAGACAUCUACCGUUAGAGAAGCCCUCCGUUUCAGUGCCGUUCUAAGACAGCCGACUGCUGUUUCUAUGCAGGACAAGCUCGACUAUGUUGAAGAGGUGAUUAACCUGCUAGAAAUGGGCCCUUAUGCAAAUGCUGUCAUAGGAGUUCCGGGUAAAGGUCUCAACGUUGAGCAAAGGAAGCGUCUUUCCAUUGGCGUCGAGCUAGUCGCCAAACCCGAAGCCCUUAUCUUUCUCGACGAACCUACCUCCGGUCUCGACAGUCAAACAGCAUGGGCAAUCGUGUCUCUACUCAAGAAGCUCGCAGACCACGGGCUAGCUAUCCUAUGCACCAUUCACCAACCAUCCGGCAUCAUCUUUCAGCAAUUCGACCGACUGCUACUUUUGGCGAAAGGUGGUAAAACUGUUUAUUUUGGAGACAUCGGUGAGAAUGCCACUACCCUGACGGGGUACUUUGAGAGGCAUGGUGCUGUCCGUUGCCGACCGGAAGAGAAUCCGGCUGAGUGGAUGCUACUCGUCAUCGGUGCUGCACCGGGUUCUCAUACGGAUCGUGACUGGGUUGAGACCUGGAAGGAGAGUUCUGACUUCCAGCGUGUCCAGAAGGAGCUUGACAACAUGACUCGGUCUAGACAUGUCUCUAGCGAAACAGACGCAGAGGAUACCUCUUACGCUGCUUCAGUUUCACAGCAGUUCCUGGCUUGUACCCAGCGCGUUGCCCAGCAAUACUGGCGAACGCCGACUUACAUAUACUCCAAACUAUCACUUUGCUUUAUCACCAGUCUCUUCAUCGGCCUCUCCUUCCAGAACUCCCCACUGUCUCUCCAAGGUCUCCAGAACCAACUCUUCUCAAUCUUCAUGCUCCUCGUGAUCUUCGCAUUCCUAACCUACCAAACAAUGCCCGGCUUCGUCACCCAACGCACACUGUACGAAGGACGUGAAAGGUCUUCCAAAACAUAUGCUUGGUACAACCUUAUUCUCGCCAACACAGUCAUCGAAAUGGCUUGGAACUCUGUGGCGUCUUUGGCGGUCUACUUCCCGUUCUAUUUCCUCGUUGGUAUGUAUGGAAAUGGCCGCAUCACGGAUACGCAGCAUGAACGAGGUGCAUUCAUGUUCCUCUUGACCUGGGCAUUCAUGGUUUAUGAGGGGACUUUUUCGCACAUGGCUGUGGCUGGGGCGCCGACUGCUGAGGUUGGAGCGACGCUUGGGUUGUUCCUGUUUAUGAUGUCCCUUGUGUUCUGCGGUGUUCUCGUUCCAUACUCGGGCCUCCCUGGAUUCUGGACAUUCAUGUACCGCGUCUCCCCUCUGACAUACCUCAUCGGUGCCAUGAUCUCAAACGGCGUUGGUAAGCAAGAAGUAACCUGCUCAGAGAUCGAGUUUCUCCAGUUCCAGACUCCGGCAAAUCUCACGUGCGGAGAAUAUGUUGGCCAAUUUGUACGAGCGGUCGGAGGCGCCUUGUCCAACCCGGAAUCGAACCAGACGUGCCUUUACUGUCCGAUUGCUUCGACUGAUACAUACCUUGGAACUUUAAGUAUUCGCUAUAGUGAGAGAUGGAGAAACUUUGGUUUAUUGUGGGCUUUUAUUGUAUUCGAUGUGAUUGCGGCUUUAGCGGCGUAUUGGAUCAUCAGGGUCCCAGAGAAGGGCAAACGAUUCUUGUUUUGGAAGAAGUAG